UGUGUGUCCUUUUACAAAGAAUGCUUUUUGCAUGACAAGACAGCCGACCCAUUUGGCCCUCUCUUUUCUCUUUCUCUGUGAUCAGAUUCGCCUCACUCUGCCCAUCUGAUUCGCUGCUGAGUCAUCUCUCUCUCGUCCCUUGUUAGGGGCACUGAAAUCGUUUUUUGUUUCGAUCCUCUCGCGUAACCCCAAGGCUCUUCACGGGGAACUUCUCUUGAAUUCUGGGUCGUUUUCAUUUAGUCAUCAUCUCUCAGGUUAGAGCUCCUGUUCCCUGACUAAUUGCAUGUAAGCUAGUUGCUGCAUCCGGGAGAAUGGGUGCAUCAACUUCUAGAAUAGAGGAGGAUAAGGCUUUGCAGCUGUGUCGUGUGAGGAAAAAGUUUGUUCGUCAAGCUCUCGACGGAAGAUGCUCGUUAGCUGCUGCUCACGUUUUAUAUGUUCAGUCUCUUAAAAGUACAGGAACUGCCCUAAGGAAAUUUUCUGAAACCGAAAUUCCAGUUGAAUCUUCCCUGUACACGUCCACUAGUGCAACUCCAGAACCUCUUGCUUUAACCGAGAAGUCGGUUUCACAUUUGUCAUACUCUCCGUUAAGAACCUCACAGUUUCAUGAAACAUAUUCUCCUUCCCCGUCCCCACCUCCUCCCGGUUCCAGCCAAUUCCACGUAAACCAUAUGAAGUUUAAGGGAUUUUCUUCGAAAAAAGUGGAAGAGAAACCACCUGUCACUGUUGUUGCCACUGUGACAUCAUCUAGUAUCCCACAAAGUACUACACCAAGGUCUGUAGAAAAGAUUGAACGCACUCUUUUUGAAGAGUCUUCUUCCAUGCCACCCGAAACACCUCCUUGGGACUAUUUUGGUCUUUCCCAUCCAAUAGACAGCCAGUUUUUUUCUUCUCGUGAUGGGAAGGAAGGUUUCACCGGAACGUUCGAGAAUGGUGAUGAGCUGAGACAUCUCAGGGAGGAAGAAGAACUCCAUCCGGAGCUGGAAGAUGGUGAAAAGGAAGAUUCUCGGGAAUCAGAGGAUGAGUUUGAUGAGCCCUCAACUGAUACACUGGUUAGAAGCUUUGAAAACUUCAACAGGGUGCAAGAUCACAAUUUACAAAGUCCUUUACCUAAAAGGGGGGAGGAAUUGGAAGGCGAAUACUCAGACGAGGAGAAAAACAAGACUCCUGAUUUAUCGCCAUCUGUGACACCUACUCAUAUCCCCUCUAAGUUGAGCAAAACACCCAAUACCAAAGGAGAUCCGAUGGAGAACAGGCUUCCGAUGAGGGACUUUUUGUCAAGCAUGAAAGAGAUAGAGAUGCUCUUCAUAAAGGCUUCAGAGUCUGGGAAAGAGGUUCCUAGGAUGCUUGAGGCCAAUAAAUUGCAUUUUCGUCCAAUAUUUCCGGCCAAAGAAAGUGGUUCUGGUGCAUCAUCGAUACUGCAAUCCUGCUUCUCUUGUGGGGAAGACCCCAAAAAUGUUCAAGAAGAGCCUGCUCAGAAUUCGGUGAAAUACUUGACUUGGCACAGGACAGAGUCUUCCCGAUCAUCAUCUUCGAGGAAUCCUCUUGGAGGAUUGAAUUCCGAUGAUGUUGAGGAACUUAAUAGUAAUCUCUUUGAGAACAUUUGUAUGAUUGCUGGCAGCCACGCCUCUACGCUAGACCGGCUUUAUGCAUGGGAGAAGAAGCUCUAUGACGAAGUUAAGGCCAGUCAGACAGUGCGGAGGGAAUAUGACGAGAAGUGCAAAGUUUUGAGGGAACUUGAAUCAGAAGGCAAGAGUUCGCAUAAAGUCGACAAGACCCGGGCUGUUGUCAAGGAUCUUCACUCCAGAAUCAGAGUUGCCAUCUAUAGAAUUGACUCGAUAUCAAGACGGAUUGAGGAACUACGGGACAUAGAGCUCCAGCCUCAGCUCGAGGAACUGAUCGAAGGGUUGAGCAGGACGUGGGAAGCGAUGUUGGAAUGUCACAAGCUUCAGUUUCGGAUAAUCUCCGGGUGUUUCAGGAACAGCAACAUCAAACUCAACAUGCAAUCAGAGUUGCACAGACAAAUCACGUCUUGUCUCGAAGAUGAACUCAGAGCAUUGGCCUCGAGUUUCACCAAAUGGAUCGCUGCCCAGGAAUCGUAUAUCAAAGCGAUAAAUGAAUGGCUGGGCAGAUGCGUCACUCUCCCGCAAAAAUCCUACAAACGCAAAAAGUACGCGGCUCAACUGUCUCUUGAAGACUUCGGCCCUCCCAUCUAUGCAACUUGCAGCUUCUGGCUGAAAAAGCUCGAAGCUCUGCCAACCAAAGCGGUCUCGGAUUCCAUCAAGACACUGGCUUCUGAUGUUGCCCGGUUCUUACCACGACUAGAGAAGAAUCAGACCAAGAAGACCGGGCAUCCACAUUCGGGUGAGAACGGGAACGAUCUGACGGCUAAUAUGUUACGAGACGAAGCCUUGGAUGAUACCGGGUCCGAGUUUGAUCGGUUCAGGACAAGUUUGGAAGGGUUUCUGGGACAACUUAACCAGUUUGCGGAAUCAUCCGUGGGAAUGUAUGAAGAACUGAAGCAGGAUAUCUGCAAUGCCAAGAGGAAGUAUGAGCAGUUGAUGGCGUAUUCUCAGGCCCAGGUUAGUUGAUUCCUGGGAAACCGCAGGAAAAUGAACUUCACGACGACAAGAAAGCGCCUGAAUUUUUCGCGGGGAAAACAAUUUUUGGAGGAAAAAUCCCAUAUUUUUGAAAUGAUUUGGCAUUUGUGUAAAUGCAGAGAUGUGUUAUUAAUUAAAGAUUAUUUGCUUUGAACGACUGUUAUACAAAGUUCGUGAGCACAUAUUAUGAUUGUAGUGGGUUUGCGUUUCU